AUGGAAACUUGGUUACUGCUUCUCUGCUGUGUAGUCACAGUAUUUUGUUUUCAAAAUAUAUAUGUACAAGUCAAGCGGCAAGGAUUCGUAUUAAUAUGUUACAGUGUCGCCAAUUCACUCAUUUCUCUUUCAUUUGUUAUUUCCGGCCUAUUUCUCCCAAAUGAUUUCACCACCUUCCCCACAAAUAACGAUGAAGAAAAAACGACUUUAUGGCAUAAUUUGGUUUGUGCAAUUAGUGGGGUUUUAUUAUCGGCAAACAUGAUAGCAAAUUACACAACUGCUCUCGCGCUGUCGAUCGAACUUUUCAUAACGCUACGAAGAAAACAACGAGCAACACGCACAAGCGAGGGUUUAAAAAAAUUAUAUUGUUUCUUGUGUCUAGUUUUGCCGUAUGCGGCUGCUCUAACCGGACUAGUUAUUUUGCUGGUAAAUCAUGAUCGUGUGUUCGAUAGUGCACCUGAAUCGGGUGUUUGCACUAUUGCUAGACAUGGAACAAAUAGAAUCGGGUUAUUUAUGGUGCUUAGUUUACCGGAAUUCUUGCCGAUUUACCCUGCAGCUAUUCUUUCUGCUUUGGCAUUGAUUCCAGUUGGUAAAAAAGUAUUUAAAACACGUCAAUUCACAUCAUCUCUCGAUGGACCUAUAAAACAGCAAGCGCGUGCCAUGACACGAGUAACAAGAGGCGGUCCACCUCCAGUUUCUCAUUCAAAUCCCAAAACGAUAAUCCCAAAGAAUGUCCUGAUACGAAUGGGACUCUGGUGUGGCCUACUAAUAAUAUCAGGAGUACCAACAUGCACCAUUCUACUCGCGCGCUCGAUACAAUAUUUGAUGACACCAAGUGAAGAUAAUGAAACCGCGAUACGUUUACUUCGUGUUUUUCCCGACAACAGAAAUUUUCUCUCGACAAAUGAGAUCGAGUUAAAAAUGCUUUUGUCGAUCAUCUUAUUCUUGAUUUGUUUUGGUACUGGAAGAUUUGCUUUCGAGCAAUACGAAGAAUUAUGGCAAAAAAUAUGCAAGACUAUUUUUCAGAAUCCAUUUACGAUCUUGAGAAAACGUAAAGAAGGUCCACCCGGAGAGCAAAAUUCAAUGGAAAUCGUCUUGCCUGAAUACCAACAACAGAAUUCUAAUAAUGGUGCAAAACCCAAACCGAUGAAAUCUUUCUCCUACCGAACUGCUUCAUUUAGAACUUCGGUGAAUACCUCGUCGGCAGCGCCUGCUCCCUAUUUUCGACUUCAAUCUGAUACACCUCCAGACAAUGCAUCUAUACAAAAUGAUUAUUUUUUGAAUGUACCGAAUCUCAAUGGCGGCGGACUUGGUGAUGAUGACAUUCUUAACACUAGAGUCGAGUCGAUAGUUGAACUACAAUCGCAAUCGCAACCGCAACCACAAAUAACAAUACCUGAUCCGGCUUUUAUUAAUAAAAAGAUCGAUCCCUGA